AUGUUCCCCUGUUUACAUGGAGCUAGAUGUCAUUUCAAAAGACGGGAAGGAACUGGACGAUUAUAUUUUGAGCAAUUUAAGAAUGUCUUUCAAGAUGAGAAGACCCUGGAGCUCUUGAAUUUGGCCUCACCUGUAAAAAGUAUCGAGUCUACCACAGUGUUCCACGUACAAGCAAGUAGCUCCCCCAGCUCAAGCCCAUCGCAGCAAGAAAGCAAAACAUGUGCGGCGAUUGCCAAUGGCACUCCUGUCCCAGACCAGGACGCUCUUACUGUACAAAAGUACAAUAUUUUGAUGGACGUCAUUUUAGAUUCCGAGACUGAAGAAAUGCCGCUGCUUACCAUGGAACUGAAACAAAUGCUUCAACGUUUCCUCAUGCCGUCUCUUGCGGGUUGCACCAAUCAACAGAGUCCAUGCCUUUGCUAUGUCAUUCAUCUUGACAUUUAUGUGCAACGUAUUGUUUCCGCUGCUGAUUUUUUGGAAGAUAUCAUGGCAAUGUUUUGCGAAGCACCAUUGGUAGAGCGAUUGGGGCUACUGUCACCCUUCAAGAACAUUGUUGUUGUGGGAAAUGUUCCCGACAUCAAUGAUUCCACCAGCUCAUCGGUUCAUCAAUCGACUUUCCCACUAACUGAAUCGCCCUCAAUGAGACCAUCGUGGGCUCCAGUGACAUACCCCACGACCGACAACCCAACUAGGUCGCCGACAAUAGCACCCUCGUUGAGUCCAACCAGAGCACCAUCUGUCACAUUUCCCACAUCUGAUGACCCCACAAGGUCGUCAACAACAGCAUCAACUCCAAUUGGAACACGAGGUCCUACCAGGAGGCCAACACCUAUGCCAACACUACAACCUGUAGUUGGUCCAACCUUGGAGCCUACACCAUUCCCAACACCUGGCCCGACGCCAUUCCCAACAAGUCACCCAACUCUUUUGCCUACGCGCAAUCCCAGCAAAGUAACGUCUGCUGCUCCAACACCCAAGCCUUCUUUGUCACCCACACCCAAGCCUUCUUCAUCACCAACACCUGAACCGACGUCUUCACCAACCACCAAGCCUUCUGUGCGACCAACGAUGCAACCCACUACCUCACCACCGACACCAAAGCCUUCCGCUUCAUCAACAGCUCGCCCUAGCGCAACACCAAAACCAUGUUUCCAAACUAAUGUUGAGCUCUCAGAUGUAGCUGACGACUAUUUUGAUACCAAACUCAAGGCUUCAAUCGAGGCCCAAUAUGGAUUGAUCAGGAAUUGGUGUCUGAAGGACGAGCAGGCUGAUAAACUAAUGAGACUAGAAACUGAGGUGUCUAGCUCGGAACGAUUCUUUGAAGAGGAGUGUAAGCGGUUGAAGAAGGAACACGAACUCCAGAUUGAGUCCAUUGAUUGUCAAGUUGAUGGUUUGAGAAAAGAACAUGCCGCCAAAAUUGGUCUUGAGAAUAAACGGCAGUACGAGGAUCUCCGACUGGACUUUGAGAGCGUCAGAGAUUGGCAAAGCGAAAAUGCUAGCAAGCUCGAACAACUCAGAGAGAAAUACGACAAAUCCUUGAAACGAAUUGUGCAAUUGGAAGAAACACUAAAACAUGAAAAGGAAAGCUGUAAGCAAACGCUUUGUCAAUCAUCGGAGGAAGCUCAGAGAAGGUAUCAACAACUACAGCAGGACUACAACUCAUUGCUUACGGCAAAGAGGUCGGCUGGAAAUUCCAAGGCAACCUAUAGGCAGAACUUGGAGACAUAG